GGAGCCACAUGAGCCACUGUCCUGCCGGGGAAGGGACACCAGGCACCUGGGGAGCCAAGUGCCAGCAACGCCAGGACAGAGGAGCUCGGCCGGGGUCCUGCCCGCUCCAGUGCCAGCCACAGCCCCAGGACAGUCAAUGCCUCCAAGAGAGCCCACUGAGUCCCAGCCUCCAGCAUGUCCCAGCUUUCCUCCACCCUGAAGCGGUACGUCGACUCAUCCCGCUACGCCGAGAGCACUUACAGCAAGGUGCCCAGCGGUUACAGCUCCUACACCUCCUAUGGAUCCACCUUGGCCACAUCCUAUGCGGACAGCGACAAAAUCGGCUUCAAAACCAGCUACCUGGCCUCCCCCCGGUACCAUCCCACGGGGCUGUCCCCAAGCAGUGGCUAUGACAGCAGCCGGCUGCCACUGUACCCCGAGUCCAGCAUCCGUCUGAGCCCCACGUACAUCCGCGCCCAGCCCCGGCCGCCUGGCAGUGGGCUGAGCGGAGGCGCGUGCUACACCUUCGCAGGGGCCCCCAGCAGCCCUCCCGGCUACCUACCUGCCACAGCGCCUCUCAGUCGUCACAAAUCCAUCAGCCACUCGGACCUGGCACGGGAGUUUUCGGGGCUGCACGCCUCGGACAGCGCCUACGCACCCACCGCCGGCCCCCUCAGCACCCGGGGCCGCCAGGAGCUCGGCACCCUGCAGGGUCUGUACCAUGCUGCCGCACGCUCCGACUACGUCCGUGGCUACCUGGAGAGCUACGGGAGGAAAAGCGGCCACAGCAGCCUCCCCACGGGCCCCCUCAGCCCCUCGCAGGCCACCCUUGGCUCUGCCCUGCCGCCCUCGGGCACCCGCUGUGCCAGCCAGCCCUGCGAGAGGAAUGAUGGCUACAGCGACGUGCCCGCCCGGGACCCCACGAGCUCCAAGGCAGUGCAGGGGUUGACCGGCCUGCGAAACCUCGGCAAUACGUGCUUCAUGAACUCCAUCCUGCAGUGCCUGAGCAACACCAAGGAGCUACGGGAUUACUGCCUGCAGAACCACUACCUGCGGGACCUCAACAACAACAGCCGCAUGCGCACCGCGCUCAUGUCAGAGUUUGCAAAGCUGAUCCAGCUCCUCUGGACCUCAUCCCCCAACGAUAGCGUGAGCCCCUCCGAGUUCAAAACGCAGAUCCAGAGAUAUGCCCCCCGCUUUGUCGGCUACAACCAGCAGGAUGCACAGGAGUUCCUGCGGUUCCUCCUCGACGGGCUGCACAGCGAGGUGAACCGUGUGCUGGUGCGGCCACGGGCCAGCACGGACACCCUGGACCACCUCCCCGAUGACGAGAAGAGCCGCCAGAUGUGGAGGAGGUACCAGGAGAGGGAGGACAGCCGCAUCGGCGACCUCUUUGUUGGGCAGCUGAAGAGUUCACUGACCUGCAGCGAGUGUGGCUACUGCUCCACAGCCUUCGACCCCUUCUGGGACCUGUCCCUGCCCAUCCCCAAGAAAGGCUACGGGGAGGUGACUCUCAUGGACUGCCUACGGCUCUUCACCAAAGAGGACGUGCUGGAUGGGGAUGAGAAACCGACAUGUUGUCGCUGCAAAGCCAGGACGAGGUGCACAAAGAAAUUUAGCAUCCAGAAGUUCCCCAAGAUUCUGGUGCUCCACCUGAAGCGCUUCUCAGAAGCCAGGAUACGAACGAGCAAGCUCACCACCUUUGUCAACUUUCAGCUGAAGGACCUGGACCUCCGGGAGUUCGCCUCACAGAGCUGCAACCACGCCGUUUACAACCUCUACGCCGUCUCCAACCACUCGGGCACCACCAUGGGGGGACACUACACGGCUUACUGCAAGAGCCCCGUCUCCAGCGAGUGGCACAGUUUCAACGACUCCCGUGUUACCCCGAUGUCAUCCAGCCACGUCCGCAGCAGUGAUGCCUACCUGCUCUUCUACGAGCUGGCCAGCCCGUCCUCUCGCAUGUAGCCAGCCCUGCCUCCCCGGGGACCCCCUGUGCCACCCCUCAGAGCCAGCCCCUCUGGGUUUCAGCCAUUUGCCCCCCAGGUGCAAGAGGGAGGUGAAGAGGAGAGACCUCGAGGUGACUGC